AUGUGGGCGCGCGUGGUUCUGUGUGCGGGGCUGCUGUGCGCGCUGUGGCGCGCGGGACGCACAGAUACGGAGAGGGACGAGAGGAACGCACUGGACCUGCGCUACAACAACAGACUGUUGGGGGACCUGCAGGAGGUGCUGGAGAAGCUGCAGACAAAGAGGAUCAGCCCCUGGGAGAAGAAGUACGGACAGGUCCCCUCUUGUGAUUUGGGGGAGCACUGCGCCGUGCGUAAAGGCGCACGGAUCGGCCGCAUGUGUGACUGUCCGCAGGGCGCCUUCUGCAACUUCUUCCUCCUCAAGUGUCUAUGA